UCCUGGGCCUUCGCCAGCGCCGGCUGGCAUGGAGAGAUGUCCACUCGCCGCGUAGGUCUGCGCGACCCAAAGUUCUUCCAGUGGGUGGCUGACACAGCAGUCCAAAUGGCUCCGCAGUUUACCUCUCAGAACUGUUCGAAUCUGGUUUGGUCUUUUGCCACCAUGCGGAUCAACCACGAAGCGCUCUUCGACUCGAUGGCGGCACAGGUCCAGGGCUGGCUGCUGAGCAACUUCGACCCACAGCACCUUUCGAACGUGCUCUGGUCCUAUGCCAA